UUACCGGCAGUCAUUGCGACACGGUCUCCCCAUCGUGAUAUGCGGGGUGCCGCGUCGCGCGUCGUCACCGCCGCCGCCGUCGCCGCUACCGCUGUCAUCGCCGUCGUCGCCACUACCAUCGCCGCUGUCGUUGUCGUCACCGUCAUCACCGUCGUCACCGUCGCGGACAACGAUUGAACGGUCGCGCUGCACGCAAGCUCGGAGCAACGCCGUGCGAGGAUGCCGGUGAAGGUCGACGUGGUGCCGCCGCCACCCGCUAACUCGAAACAGCCGGGUGUCACCAAGUCCCUGCUGUACAACGGCUCGCGCUUCCAGGGCUCGCAGAAGUCCAAGGGCAACAGCUACGACGUGGAGGUGGUUUUGCAGCACGUGGAUGAGGAAAACAGUUACUUGUGUGGAUACCUGAAGAUCAAGGGUCUUACGGAGGAGUUUCCAACACUAACGACGUUCUUUGACGGCGAAAUCAUUUCCAAAAAGUAUCCCUUUUUAACUCGUAAGUGGGAUGCCGACGAGGAUGUCGACAAGAAACACUGGAGUAAAUUCGAAUCGUUCUGCCAGUAUGCCAAAACAUUCAACUCUGACACGUUCGAUUAUGAGGCGUUGAAAGGAACGGACUUUGUAUUUAUGAGGUGGAAAGAACACUUCCUAGUACCCGAUCAUACGAUUAAAGAUAUCAACGGUGCCUCCUUCGCAGGAUUUUAUUAUAUUUGCUUCCAGAAAUCCGCUGCCACGAUAGAGGGCUAUUAUUAUCAUCGUAGUUCCGAAUGGUAUCAAUCCUUGAAUCUGAGACAUGUCCCAGAGCACAGUAUACAGAUUUACGAGUUCAGGUGAAGUCGAUACGUUUGCUAAGAAAUCUCACAAUAUAUUCGCGUCUUUUCUUUUCUAGCAUACAGAUCUCAUAAAAAUUCGUCCUAUAAAUUAAAUUAGAUAAUAUCAUAAUGAGUUUCGUUUAUUAUUCGUGACACACUCCAUAAUUCUGGGGGAGAUCUACAGUGCAAAAUAUUCAACAGAUUUCAUGAUGCCCUUCUCUUAGUCGCGACUAUGUUAGUAAUCAUUGAAAUCAUUGAGAAUUGGAGUGCCUAUUUAAUAAGUGAUCAAUUAGAAGUGAUUACUUUAACAUGAUUAAUUGUAAAAUAAAUUUUGGUCGAAAUAAAUUAUCUGAUGUAUAUCAUUUUAAAUCAUUGGCGUUUAUUUUUCGGUAAUCUAAUAAAUGUUUCGGGAUAUUUAUUUGUAUUUAUUGUCAUUGUGUGCAUGAUCCACGUGCAUUCAAUAUUUUGAUAUUUGAUUUUGAUCACUGGCUGAAGCAUAGUAAAUAUGUAUAUAAUGAGAAAAGAUCGAAUGUUACAACUGUAAAUUAUAUUUUCUUUUAAGAAUUUAGUAACGACGAUAAAAAAUAUUUGUAUUAUUUAUAAGCAAGAUUCUUUUUUCGCAUUGCUUUUAGAAUAUUUAUGAGAUCUGUUUACUACAUUAGAAGAGAGGAAGAGUGUAAUUGUUGUUUGAAUGAAGCUGUACGUAUGUCGCAAAAGAAGGAAAAACUGGAAAUGGCAAUCGCGAAAGAGUUAUAUAUCGAGGGUUUGAUUUUACGUUGAAAACAUUUAUUUAUUUUAUGCAAUCAAUCUUUAUCCGAUUCUAAUAUUUUAUACAUACAUAUAUAAAAUAUAUGUAUACCUGAUUUUAAGAAUAGGCAUUAGACACAUGUUGGCUGUUCGUAAAACUUGUCUUCAUGUUUUUAAUUGAACGUUAAAUAAAUAUAUCGAGAUUCUCUUAGGAAAAUAGUAACACUAUUGUGAUAUGCAUUACCAUACAUAUGCAUAUAUAUAUAUAUAUAUAUAUAUGCAAAUGUAUAUAAGUUAACAAGCUGUAAUAAGUAAUCGUGUAGCUUAUCCGAGAUUGGCAUACUACAGCUUUCAUUUGCGUGUGACGUUUACGGAACCGUUCUCGAUCACCAGUGAUAUUGAUAUUUCAAAUGGCAUACUACAUGCUACAUUAUUUUCGAUAUUACUUUUAUUUAGCGUUGUUAAAUACUAAUAAUUUUGUUUCUUUUUUUUUUUUCUUUUAUAUUUGUGCUAAUAAUUUACUUAAAUACUCAUCUCAUAGAACGGUACAUGUGCUGUUUACAAUAAAAACGCAUACCGAAUCAAUAAGUGUAACAAAUAGUCACUUUGGAUAUUGAAAAACGUAGAUAUAUACGUAUAAGAGAUACAUAUUUAAUAUAUCAGAUACCUUGAAAGUACACUGAUAUUGUUAAUUAUAUUAAGCCGACCUUUAUUAAACAAAAAAUCUACUGUUGUCACAUCCUUAUUUAUAAGUUAUAUGUUGUUGUGUUUCUUUUAAGAAUAUCUUUAUAUUAUGAGUUAUCAAUAUCAAUUAUAUAUAUAUGAACAUACUGUGCAAAAUGUCACAUAUCAAUCCGUGAAGUUGCGUUUCUUUUAGUUCGAUGUUGUUUCUCUUUGCAGACUACAAAAUUUAUUAACUCGAGCACUUACGAAAUCUAAUUCAUGCUUAAACAAUGUGCAACGAAAAAUAUAACAUUUUUUUGUGAUAAUCGCGUUCUUCGCACAAUCAUUUACAAAAAAUCAUUUGAAUUAUGUUUGCUUUAUAAAACAUCCAUAGGUUCAUAAAUAUUCGAUUUAUUUUCAUUAUACAACCGCAUGUGCUUUAAAAACUGGAACAUACAAUUAUAAUUGAAUAUUAACUGGAGUCGGGUUUCGCUACUAUACAAAUAGAACCAUUGUGUAGAGAUGGAUAUGCAUCGAUUAAAGUUACAGUGCUCAAAGUAACACAAGAAAGUAAUAUUACAAGUUCCAGGAAGAACUUUUUUUGCCAAUUUCAGCGAAUGAAUUCAGUAAGAGACUCGAUUAAAUUCGAUUAACGUCAAUGUACUUAACUUUGAUCUCGAUUUAACUUACUCUACCUUUUUCUAAUUCUUAAAAAUAGAAAAAGAUAAAAAGCAAAUUGAAUUGAGAUGAAAGUAGUCUACAUUGAUAGAAAUGGACAUAAUUAUAAUUGUAACUAAAAUUAUAGUUAAAAAAAUUAAACCAUAUUUAUUAUAUACAGCAAAUGUAUGAAACAAGCUCUCUAUCCUCUAUUAAUUCAAUGAAUUGUUUCACUAGUAAAUUAGAAGCAUUUUGGCAAACGGGACGGUAUUUUCCAUUCUUCUCUUUCUUAAUGGCCCCCUUUUAAAAGGAUGUGGAUAUUCCUUCAUAUAUGAAAGAUGUUAUUCUCUUGUAACAAAAUAUGUAUAUAUAAUUAAUGUGUGAACUAUUUAUUAAAGAAAAUUUGGUAUUCGAAAUA